GAACUGCAUACAUUUUAUAAUUUUAGAACAGUGUAGCAACAAAUCUGGUGGGUGGGGUGGACCACAGCCUAAAUACAUCUCCUGUACAGUACGUGCUGUAAAGUGUUACAUAUUGUUUAAGUCGAAAUAAUUCCUGUUAUAAACUAGACCUGCACAAAUCAGCUUUGUGGCUAACCUCUGUAACAAGGCAAGUGAAAGCAGAUAUGAAAAACACCUUAAGAGAGCUGGGGAGAGAGUCACAUGGAUGCGAGCAGGUUGCAGUGGGAAUAAGAUGGUAUUUUUGAACUCUGCAAGCAAAAAGCGGUUUCAUAAAUUUUAUAUGUGAGGCGUUUUAUGAGAGCUGGAGAAAGAGAGAUAGAUUCUUGGCUCUCGGUGCUGGAAGUGCUCAUCCUCGGCAGUUUUUUUUUUAUUUUUGGGGGGAGGAGAAGAGGCGGGGAUCGAUGCUUCUGAUCAGACUUCUAGGGUAUUGAUGAAAUCGACAAACACGGGAAUACUAAGGGAGUAAAAAAAGGCUAAGAGGUUUUGGUACAACGGAUCGGUGAGGCAGACUAACUGUUCAGGAUAUAUUUUAUGUAUUAAGGUGGAAAUCGUUACCCAGGCUUACAGAAGAAGAGAGCUGAAAGUCUGAGGUGCAGUUUCCCCGAAAGCAACUGCCUCUUUACAGUUUGUGCUGUAAAAUUAUCCAGCAGCAGCAACCUCGGACAGGAGUGAUCGUCAAGGGCUGCUACCUGCCACAGCUUCACCUAGAAGGAGGGAUGCAACUUCCUUCGAGCUGCAUUUUGGAGUGAUUACAGGUGCAUGUAACUGGAGGAGACAUACGGGCAGAUGUAACUGGAGAAGACAGACAAAGACUUACCCACUUCCCCAACACAAUCACAGAACACAAAACCAGGGGAGCUCGCCUAAUGCUCAGGAUCCCCGUCUGUAGUAGCCUUGUGGCAUAUUGUCUGGCUGCAAGCCACCCUUGGCAGGACCAUGCUGCCUGCACUGGCUUCUGACUCGGGUACCGGAGGUGGUGGCGGUGGCGGAGGCAGCCCAUUCAGAGUUGGAGGUUCGCGUUCCGCUGCUGGAGCUGCUGCGUUGGGGCUUACUUCGGAUUUGGCCACUUUAGAUGCGACACCCUCUAAAGUGUAAACCCAUCAACGUCAACAUCACAAAACACGACCGAGCCAAUAACUUGGAUAUUGCCUUUCACUUGUCUUCAAAAUAAUUUAAAGAUGAUAAAGAAAGGGUGUUCAGUGGAGCUGUUCCUUGUAAUAAUGGGCCUUGAACUUCAUUUUACUGCACCCUGUCCUAAGAACUGUGUGUGUUAUCCAUCCCCAAUGACUGUCAGCUGCCAGGCCCAGAACCUGGUUAGUAUUCCAGAGGGAAUCCCCAACAGCAGUGAACGGAUUUUCCUUCAAAACAAUCGCAUCACCAUGCUCUUGAGAGGUCAGUUCAACCCUUUCAUGGUAACCUUGUGGAUUUAUUCUAACAACAUUACCUACAUAGAUCCAAUGACUUUUGAUGGGCUCUACCUGCUUGAAGAACUUGACCUGGGAGAUAAUCGGUACCUGAGGUCUUUAGCAUCUGGGACAUUCCAUGGGUUGGUAAAGCUCCAUGCUUUGCACCUUUACAAAUGUGGAUUGUAUGCUCUCCCUGAUGGCAUAUUCAAUGGUCUGCAUAACCUUCAGUAUCUUUACCUUCAGGACAACCAAUUAGAGUACUUACAGGAUGACAUCUUUAUGGACUUGGUCAACCUCAGCCAUCUUUUUCUUCAUGGGAAUAAACUAUGGCGCCUGGACCAGAACACAUUUAGAGGGUUAACAACCUUGGACAGGUUACUCCUACAUCAGAACAAUCUCCAGUGGGUCCGUCGUGCUUUUCAUGACCUGAAGAAGCUAACAACUCUCUUUCUGUUCAAUAAUAGCCUUGCAGAACUUCCAGGAGAUGCCUUGGCCCAGCUGGGAUCGCUGGAGUUUCUCAGACUUAAUGAAAAUCCUUGGGAGUGUGAUUGCAAAGCUCGUUCCUUGUGGGACUGGUUUCGUCGGUUCAGGGGAUCAAGUUCGAGUGUCAUCUGUGAGUCUCCAAAGGAACUACAAGGCAGAGACCUCAAGGCACUUACGAAGGAGGAUUUCAGGAGCUGCACUGGGUCUGAAUCGCUUCAUCAGACUAAAACAAACACUUUCACAACUUCUGAAAAAGUGAGCCAUAAAAACCACCAUCAUCCUCACCUUACCUAUGAGGAAAAUGAGGAAUCAGAACUUCACUCAUACAAUAAUCUGCCUGUUUUUCCUACGGAAUCACGACCAAGACACAGACAGCAUGGUAGAAACUGCAGUAGUAACAGACACAGAUACAAGACCAUCAAAACUGGAAGCACAGCUUCAAAGAAAAACAUGAUUGAGGUGCACAAAACUUAUGGCAAGGAAUAUACAUCAGAUUUUGAGCAGAAAACUGACAUAGAAGCCACAAAUCCACCCAGACGGAAGACAAAAUGCACCAGAAAAACUACUUUGCAGACUCCCAGUGGGGUGCAGCAGGCAAAUGGCAUCCCACCUAUACAUGCAAACCUGUUUUUCUUCUGGCUAGUAACUUUAUUUGCCAUAAUACGCUGAGUAUUAUGGCAGUAUAUUGGGACAAACACUUGCACUGCCACCAUCAAAGACAAUGAUUUAACAAGCAAAAUAAUAUUUCAUGCAUAGAAAUGAAAGGUGGUUGAGCUGUGCAUGGUCUAUCAGAGCAACAGAAUAUGGACACAGACUGUAAAAUGGGCAGUUAACAUGGGGUGGGUAAUAGGCACUGUCUCAUGCCCCACAACAACAAACUCAACCAAACAAACAAUAAUAAAAGAAGCAAAAUCUGAAAAAGCCUCUGAAAAUAGCACAGGAAAUUGGUCCAUUCUGUUAUUUAUGAUUGCUGCUAGUUUGUGACUAUGGAUUGACAUAUGUAGACCGGAUCAAAAAGUUUUGUCAGCUGCCAUGAAAAAUGCAAUUUUGUGUGUAGUUUUCAAACAUGUUAGGUGGGUAAAUGAGAAAGCCCACAUAUCCAUCUACAAAAUAACUCACCAGUCCACAUCCACAAGUUCAUAUUAAGUUGAGGAAUGGAGUGUGAAAAACAGGAAUUACACUGAUUUAAAUAAACAUGGUAAAUUAUCAGUAGCUAGCCCCCAUGUGACUGAACCAAGCCACAAAUGACUGGAGGGGGCCCACGUAAACCCAAGGCUUUUGGUAUUCUCAGGCUACUUGCAGGGGCUAGGGCUAGCCGACUACCAAAGGACAGUGUGUUCAAUGGUGGAAUAAUCUGAACUUAAAAGAAGCUUCUUAAAGAAAGUGUUGUUUUUUUUUCUUUUCUAAGUGUCUCACUAUUAAAAACUAAGAAAUGCA